GAGACUCGGGGGCCAUUUUGUGAAGAGACGAAGACUGAGCGGUUGCGGCCGCGUUGUCGACCUCGAGCAGCAGUUGGCUUUUCCACGUAGAACUCGGGAGUAGGAGAUUCAGAAUCGAAUCCCUUCUCCCUCCCCCCUCCUGGUUACAAAUCACUUGAAAUAUAUAAGUUAGUGGAACUUUGCUUGAGGGCAGCAAGGCGAACCCCAUCCCUACUCACUGGAGCUCAGCUUUGAUUUUUAACCUCCCUUCCCCACCCUUCCAGAACACACACAUUCCCAUUCCAAAACUGAUUUUAUAAAGACAUUUUAAACAUAAUGAUGCAACUUGGUGUGCACUACGGCAAAUUUACAGGUGUUUUUUUUUUAAUUGUUUCCAAAAACGGGCCUUGGAUUUAAGAUGUAAUUUUUAAAAUUUCUAUUUCUAUUUUUUCUGCAGCAGUUGGGUUAGAGGAGGAGGAGCCUUUUAGCCUCUCAUAAACUGACCUCUCUACUUCCUCGUGUAUUUUUAAGAUUGAUUGAUGAUGUGGAAAGGGCUUUGCUUGUCUGCUACUGAGAACUUUACCCUUGCGGUUUUUGUGGAAACUGCUUUUGGAGAAAGAAAAGAAAUGAACUUUACUGACUUGACAUUUUUGCACCUCCCGUUUUUCUAAUCUGGGCUAUUUUUAUUUUUGUUUUUUUACAGUGAGAUUUUUUUGAUCUUCAGCUACAGUAAGUUAUUCCAAUUUUUUUUUUACAUUUUUCCUGACUUUCCGCUGAUUUCCUUUUUAUUGUUGUUACUAGUUACUAUUAUUAUUUAUUAUUAUUAUACUUAUGAUGGUGAUGAUGAUGAUGAUGAUGACACUGAUGAUUUUUAACCGGAUUAAAAUCGAGUUUUUCUGAAUGUUCAUAAGAAUUUCUCCGGCCUCCUGAUUGACUUUGGAGUUUUACAUCUUGGGAGAGAAAGUGAAGGCAUUAGCAUUUUUAAGUGGAUUGAUCACAUAAACCUUUUCUCUCCCAACCCCACCCUUGCCCUCAUCCCCUUCCCCACGCUCGAAAGAAUUUUACUGGCUGUUAAGUCUGUGACCUUAUUUUUCCUGAUCUUUAACUUAACUGUUUUAGAGCAUCUCUGGACGUCUGUAUUUUUAAUUUUUUAUUUUUGUUUUUUUAUUUUUAAUCUUUCAUUUGUUAAAUUUUUAAACUGUGCUGCAAUAAAAUGUGUGUGGUACUACUUAACACCUAUAAUGGUGAUGGCAUUUUCCCAGAAAGCCAUCUUCCUCCUGUUUCCCUUGAAAUCCCAUCCUGCUUUUCCUGUACACUACUACCCCUCACAAACCACAAGCUGCAGCAACAUGGAUGCCCAGCCUGGAACAGCAGCAGCCAGGAUGACCUGGAGCCAGGGGGGCCUUCGGAACAGAUGCACACCCUUCCUGGGUGAUGCUUUUCGGCUUUGUGAACAACCGUAUCAUCAAAGACCAUGGCAAGCAAUGUUACCAACAAGACAGAUCCUCGCUCCAUGAACUCCCGUGUAUUCAUCGGGAAUCUCAACACUCUUGUGGUCAAGAAAUCUGAUGUGGAGGCAAUCUUCUCAAAAUAUGGCAAAAUUGUGGGUUGCUCUGUUCAUAAGGGCUUUGCCUUCGUUCAGUAUGUUAAUGAGAGAAAUGCCCGGGCUGCUGUGGCAGGAGAGGAUGGAAGAAUGAUUGCUGGCCAGGUUUUAGAUAUUAAUCUGGCUGCAGAGCCAAAAGUGAACCGAGGAAAAGCAGGUGUGAAACGAUCUGCAGCGGAGAUGUACGGGUCAGUACCAGAACACCCUUCUCCGUCCCCUCUACUCAGCUCCUCUUUUGACUUGGACUAUGACUUUCAACGAGAUUAUUAUGACAGGAAUUCUGUUUUCUUUUUAUCCAAUAGGAUGUAUAGUUACCCGGCACGCGUUCCUCCUCCUCCUCCUAUUGCUCGGGCUGUAGUUCCCUCAAAACGCCAGCGUGUAUCAGGAAACACCUCACGAAGAGGCAAAAGUGGCUUUAAUUCUAAGAGUGGACAGCGGGGAUCUUCGUCCAAGUCUGGAAAGUUGAAAGGCGAUGACCUUCAGACCAUUAAGAAGGAGUUGACCCAGAUAAAGCAAAAAGUGGAUUCUCUACUGGAAAGCCUGGAAAAAAUUGAGAAAGAACAGAGCAAACAAGGAGUAGAGAUGAAGAAUGAUAAGUCAGAAGAGGAGCAGAGCAGCAGCUCCCUGAAGAAAGAUGAGACUAAUGUGAAGAUGGAGUCUGAGGGGGGUGCAGAUGACUCUGCUGAGGAGGGGGACCUACUGGAUGAUGAUGAUAAUGAAGAUCGGGGGGAUGACCAGCUGGAGUUGAUCAAGGAUGAUGAAAAAGAGGCUGAGGAAGGAGAGGAUGACAGAGACAGCGCCAAUGGCGAGGAUGACUCUUAAGCACAUAGUGGGGUUUAGAAAUCUUGUCCCAUUAUUUCUUUACCUAGGCGCUUGUCUAAGAUCAAAAUUUUCACCAGAUCCUCUCCCCUAGUAUCUUCAGCACAUGCUCACUGUUCUCCCCAUCCUUGUCCUUCCCAUGUUCAUUAAUUCAUAUUGCCCUGCGCCUAGUCCCAUUUUCACUUCCUUUGACGCUCCUAGUAGUUAUGUUAAGUCUUACCCUGUAAUUUUUGCUUUUAAUUUUGAUACCUCUUUAUGACUUAACAAUAAAAAGGAUGUGUGGUUUUUA